UGGAUGUGUUGUUUUAUGUCAGGCUAUUGCCUUUACAUCGUGUUUCUCCCUAUGUGUGUUGACUAUUCAUAUAUUGUGAGGAUUAUCCUUACAUUUUUUCUUUUCUACUUUCGCCUUCUAAUCACUUGUCAAAAUGAUGACAAUUUCAUAUCAGUGUCUAGUAAGGUUGUUUUUACGGGUAUUUAACAUUAAAUGCAAGUGAAUGUGUCGAAUUGUUUUUAAAAGUUUGUGUACUUUUUUAAGAUGAUAAAAGUGACGAAAAAAGUGUAAAGAUAACAUAAAAUAUUUUCCAAUUUUUGUGUACUUUUUUUAAGUGACUUUUAGUGUGUAGCGGAUUUAUUGCAUCACUGUAAUUUAUUCAACGAAAUGAUAUUGUGGUGAUAUUUUGCGCGUAUAAGCCAGCUGGAAGUGAUGGGAUUUCUACAGAUCUGCGGUUGGUGUACAGAUAAGCGGGGGAGAUUGUCGAUGGUCGAGGGAAUCAAUUUACUUGGAAUGAGCCCUGUUGCAACAUUAGAGGGAGAAAAAGAUGAACUGGAUUCGUACGAGACGAGACUGACAUAGGAGGAGGGUGUAGUUCUCAGAUCUAUCAGUGUCGAAAAUAAUACGAAGAAAACGAUAUUGUAGACGGCGAGUACAAAAAGAGGAUAUGAAAUAAAAGAAAAGUACGUUAAAAAAAGGAACUGAAUGAGGAAAGAGAAUAAGAUCUAGAAGAUAAAAAAUGCCUGAAUGGAAUUAAUUUUGUUUUUAUUCAAUGAAUCACAAUGCGUUUCAACGUGAGAUGGUGGUUGUCAAUUGCCCUUCUCGCGGAAACAAUGACAACAAUGGUGACAUCAUGUCCUUCGAUCUGUUCUUGCAAGUGGAAAGGUGGCAAAGAAUGGGUGGAGUGUGCGAAUCGAGGUCUGACCCGUUUGCCCCAGGGAGCACGUGAAGAGACGCAGGUGUUGGAUCUGACAGGCAAUCAUCUCGUAAAACUGCCAUCAGACUGCUUCCAUUCUCUGGGUCUGACCAAUUUGCAGAAACUCUAUUUAGGAAAAUCAAACAUCAGUGAAAUAGCUUCAAGUGCUUUUGUAGGGCUAAGUGGUCUAGUUGAUCUUGAUCUCAAUGGAAACCAAAUUCAAGAGGUACCUUCAGAUACAUUCACAUCGUAUACAGGACUUAUGAGAUUAAUAUUAAAUAAAAAUCCGAUACAUAGAAUAAAGAAAGAUGCUUUUAAGCCAUUGUCACAAUUAACAACAUUAGAAAUUAGUGAGUGUCAAGUUGAGAGCAUCGAUCAGCAUGCCUUUAAUGGUCUUCAGUCGCUUGAGUGGUUAAGAUUGGAUGGUAAUCAGCUUACCUAUGUGCCUGAAAUGACUCUGCCUUUGGGUGGUAAUCUACAUGGUCUUACACUUCACAAUAACCCCUGGCUCUGUGAUUGUCGACUACGUGCUAUGCAGGCGUGGUUAAAAGAAUCAGCGCCUGCAGCACCUCAAGAGUCAGAACCCGUGUGUCAAGCACCAUCACGGUUACAAGACAAGCAGAUUAAACAGGUCAGAGUUGAUGAUCUUGCCUGUCUGCCUGAGGUAAAAGUUGAUGAACAACUGGAGAUCGAUGAAAACGCAAAUACUACACUCAAGUGUGAUGUCUAUGCAGUGCCCAUGGCAACUGUUAAUUGGUGGAUCAACGGUGAAAAGUGUGAAUCACAAAAUGAGAAUGAUUCAUUCACCGCCUCAUCGAUAUCUUAUGUCAGAUACUUUUGUAAACAACGUGGUCAACACAACGUGACAAGCAUCCUUUAUAUCUACGGAGCUGAUAAAAGUAACGAGGGUACAUUCACCUGUAUCGCCGAGAAUACCGCAGGUUCCACAGAGGCGAACCUAUCCCUUAGAGUGCGGUUACUUGAGAGAAGUACAGUAGAACCAGCUUUCGAUAACCCAGGUACAGGUUAUGUUGCAGCGGUUGCAGCGGGUGCAUUGGUGGGUACUUUGCUAGCCCUCAGUUGUGUGAUUGGUAGCGUCAUAUUCUGUACAAAACGCCGUCGAGACCAGAAGAGAAACUCCAAGACCUUAGCAUCUCAAAGUAAAGUUGUGUCACCAGUAGUUAAGGACACUGAGACCCUUUCGGGAAAGACUGACUCUGGAAAUUUGAAUUUCGAUCAUCAGCAGCAGGUGAUGUGUACACGACGUGAGGUAGUAAGGACGUCUUCUUUAGAUCGUCGAGAGACUGUUGAUGCUUACAGAAACCCUGUUUCCAAAUACCUAACCGAACCUGACUUGAUUAACGAGGUUUAUCCAACAACAAAUCCUCCAGAGACUACUGCAGAAAGUUAUAAUUUAUACCAACAUCAACUGACUGAAUCACGUCAAGUUUUGGACUAUGGAGAAACUAGAUAUUCGUUACAACCAACGAUAGAUUCACGAGCUGGUCUUUCGCAGCUGAGUUAUCUCGAUCAAGACGGCUAUCCGCUCAAUUUUGGCUUGCCCAAGAUCCCGUACAAUGCUAACUGCACACUGCCUAGAUUGAGGCAAAGACCUACUGAAGGCUCAGCAGCUACGCCUGUGGCACGUUUUACUCGCGAAGCUGAAUUCCUGGCGCGGUCUAGUGUGUAUGAAUCUACACUGCUGUCAAGACCAGACACUCGGUACACUGUAGAUGGAUAUCCAUAUCCAAUAUCUCACCAACCCAUCACAUCUCCUGUGAGACAGCCGUUGCAAAUUCCACCAGUUAUCUCGCCGCUUUCUCCAGGGAUUGCAUUGCCACCAGAGGUUCCAUUCAUUCCAUCACCCCCAGCAGCAUACAGAGGCGAAUCAACGCCAUUGUCUCCACGAUCACUGAUGAGUAAAACAGCUCGAGAAGCUGCUGCAGCUGUGGCUGCUCGAGCAGAGGGUGCACGUCCGCCGGAUCAUCCGGAGAGUCCUGACGAGGGUUAUGUUGGGGAUGCUUUGGAUGUCUGAGGAGCAAUGCCUGGGCAGCGUGAUGAAGAAAGUCAGUCGUGAGGCAAUUGAAAAUAAAUUUUAAUGCUAGGGAUUCCAGUAAGCUCACGUGUCACGAAGAAUUAUUGAAAGAAGAAAAAAAAAACAUUUACCGGAUUUCAAUGAAGGAAAUGCUACUAAAGGAAAUCACUUGGAUGUCAGUUGCUCAACCACCACAUCAACGAGGAUGCCACGUGUGGCUAGUUCUACUGUUGAAUGUCAGUUCUCGUAAUGUCGUGUGGUUGAAUGAGGGAAUGUUGAGGAAGAGAAUGUGUGCAAAUAAGUAGAACAGGCACGUCAUCGAUCCGACGUUACGGUAGUCAUGUGUAUUCCCGCAGCGUCGUUUACGAGCAACCAAAAUGCCAAGACUUUCCGUUAAGGGUAGCAAGCAAGAGAGCUCGAUAGGCUUGGCAGAACUCUCAAGAACGUCGACGUGACUCUUCACCAUUUACUGUCCUUUUGCCAUUCUGUAUAGUCAUUUCUCUCUCCUAUCUGUGACGCCUUGCCUCUUGACUUUUUAUUCUCUUGGCACAAUGCUUGAUUGGAUUUCUAAGAACGAUAGACUAUUCGUCAACGCAUGCUAUCGAGUUCACGAGUGCUCAAUAAAGUAUUAGUGUUUUUUUCAUGAAUCGUGUCAUCACCAAAGGAUCCAUUUUUUAGGACUAAUGGACCAUUCAUCAUUUUUAAACUUUCCAAAGAAAAAUGAGUGUAUAAAUUUCAUAAAUAAAAUGACAAAGAAAAUAUAAUUAGUGUUAAAAAUAUGCUCAAAUUAAAAUUUUCAGAUAACAAUUUAUUAAAGUUUAUGAGUGUCAGUUUAAUUUAAUGCUUGGUAAAUUUAUCCAAGCAAUAUCUUGGAAGUUGUACAAGUGACAGAAUAAUAUAUUUAUCACUUGACAAUUUCUUCGUGUUUUAAAAGAAAAAUGAAGUUGAAUAUUUGGGAAAACUUUGAUAAUAACUAUUGUGUCAGACUAUAGAGCGAAUGUGAAUAAGAAUUAACCGUGAGUUUGUAUGAGUAAUAAGUUUUUUAUUUCUAUGAGCAUUAUAUGUGAAAAUGAGGUUAAUUUAGUUUGCAUAAAUUGUGUAGAAAUGGCUAAGCUACUAAAUAAAUGGAUAAUGAAUAUGAACAAAUCUGUACGAAUAAAUGAAUAGCAUUAAAUCAUGAUCCUUGAAAUAAUGAGUCGUACAUGGAUUUUAUGAAAUAGUGAAUUAAAUGUAUGGAAAAAAUUUAUAAGCAUGAAUGAAUAAUGAACAUGUGAAUAAAAACUGUAAAAUACUAAGGAAUGCAAUCUGAUAACCAGAUAGUUCAUAGGGAAUAUGUAAUAUUGUUAGUAGAAUUUAUCUAGUCAAUAAGUUUCGUAAAGUUCUACAGGGUAUAAGGGCGUUCAUGCGAUUAUGAAGUCAAUGUGAUUCGAAGAAGGUUCAUUAAUUGAGAUAAUGAGAGAAAAAAUACCCUUUCAACCUUAAACUCUCUUCCAACAUAAAAAUAUUAUUUUUUACCGAUCAUCAAGUAUGUUACUUUAUUAUUUUCAUUAAAAAAAUAAAGAUGAUCAAGUAACGACUUUGCUGAGUAAUUUCUUCUUCGCAAUCAUUUUUUUUUGUACAUGUAUAUUUGCUUCUACGACAAUAUUCAAUGAACUGUUUAUAAUAAUAUUUUUUCCAUCAUUGACGAUGUUCAAUUUAUGAAUAAUUACCUACAAUGAAUAUUGUAAUUGUCAAAAUUUCUGUAGUAAAUAACUUUUUUUUACGAUAGAUACUUACACAUUUAAUAUCGAAUGUAUCGCAUUUGAAGACUGAAAGCCGGAUGUUUUACGAGAUUCUGGGCAUUCGUCCUCGGAAGACGAUAAAUUUCGUAUAAAACUUUGCGCUCAGUUGAGCAUAACCACUUAUUUCAAAUGCAAACUCCAGUCAAUUUUUCUUUUGGAGUCUGAAUUCAUCUGUAUUGAUCGUUUUUCCUUUUCUCUACUAUUUUCUGACUUAUCUCAAAAACUUUGUCCCC